AUGGAACAACUGAAUCUAUUGACACAUGAUCAGAUUGUACAAAAUCCAAGUUUAAUUACUCAUCAUUUAAAUAUAAACACGAAAGAUGGUUCGGAACAAAUCAUUUUUCGACCUUUAUUAUACGAUGAUGUUUUAGUACUAUUAAAAUUCUUGGAAAAUUUAUCUAAGACAACACAACGAUUUGCUACUUAUCCAAGUUAUGAUUUACAAUGUGCUCAACAAUUUUGUGAAGAAAUUAAUCAGAAAGAUAAAUUUCGAAUGGUAGCAAUUAAUAUGAAUAGAAAAAUUAUUGCUCUGUUCGAAUUUAAUCUUAAUAUAUCAGAUCUUGAUAAAAAAACGAUAUGA